UACCGAUCAGGUAAACAACGUCAAACAAAACUCGGCUUCUAAGUUCAUUCGAUUCAUAUGGUGUUAUUACUUUUGCAAGGAGAUUCAACUUAAUGCAAAUUCAAUCUAAUAAUAGAUUUUGAAUAAUAAUGUGAAAGCAUAACAAAAAGGCGAGUAUGCGUUUGUUAAACUUCAGACGGUCUGCCUUUGCCUGCAGUGCACUGAUAAAACCAAAGCAGCUGUAUUUGGCAAGGGCUUGUAUCCGUGGAGCACAGACGUCAACUACCAAUUGGGCAAAAUCGACUCAAGAAUUUCCCACGGAGGCAGACGUUGUAGUUAUUGGGGGUGGAAGCAUAGGAUGCAGCACAGCAUAUCAUUUAUCAAAACUAACCAAAGGAAAUAUAGUUUUACUGGAAAAAGACAAAUUAACAUCAGGGACAACUUGGCACACAGCAGGACUUCUUUGGAAAUUAUGGGCACAUGAUACAAUGAUAGAACUUGUAGAUCACACUCGAGAACUAAUGACUAAAACAUUGAAGGAGGAAACUGGAAUGGAAACAGGAUGGGUGCCAACUGGUGGAAUGUUCACCGCGGCCAAUAAGGAAAGAUUGGAUGAAUACCAAGUAAUGAGCACGCUUGGACAAGUUUAUGGCAUAGAAUCCUACGUUCUAAGUCCAGAAGAAUCGCUGAAGGUACAUCCUCUAUUGAACGUUGAUGACCUUUACGGAACUUUAUACAGUCCGUUAGAUGGCACCAUGGACCCAGCAGGAACUUGUACAACGUAUACCAAAGCAGCAGCUAAAUACGGCGCAAAGGUGUUUGAAGGCUGCGAAAUAUUGGGUUUGCAAGUCGAGGAAAACGAUAUGGGUACGAGACAGAUAAAAUCUGUGACUACCGACCUCGGUACCAUAAAAACAAGCAAAGUUGUCAACUGUACUGGCGUAUGGGCUCCUUACAUAGGAAAAAUGGCUGGUGUCCGAGUACCUCAAGUUGCUUAUAAGCAUGCAUAUGUUGUAACAGAAAUCAUUGACGGCAUCAAAACAUGCCCAAACGUUCGAGACCACGAUGGCUCUGUAUAUUUGAAAAGACAAGGAGACACAAUACAAAUUGGUGGAUAUGAACCUAAUCCUAUACCAUGGGAAAAGGUAGAAAAGAAUUUUGCUUUCGGUUUAUUCGACUUGGAUUGGGAUGUUUUUGGACAACAUAUUGAAGCUGCUUGCAAUCGAAUUCCUCAAAUUUUGCACACAGGGAUACGAACUACUGUUUGUGGACCAGAAUCAUUCACUCCUGAUGGCCAUCCUUUAAUGGGAGAAGCACCCGAAGUUCGUGGAUUUUAUCAUGGUAGUGCAUUCAACAGUGGGGGUAUGUUGCUCGGAGGAGGGGCAGGGAGAGAACUGGCACAUUGGGUCAUUAAUGGCCGCCCACAGCUUGACAUGUUUUCCAUGGAUAUCAGGCGAUUUCCCACUAAUCUGGUAAAUGAAAAAACUUGGUUGAAGGAAAGAAGUCAUGAAACAUAUGCAAAACAUUACAGUAUUGCAUUCCAUCACGACCAACCCCUGGGCGGAAGAAACCAAAGAGCAGAUCCGUUGCACCAGGAAUUAUUAAAUCGUGGAUGUUUUUAUGAAGAAAGACAUGGUUGGGAAAGACCAGCCUAUUUUCCUGGUGCAUCUCAAGACUUGAAUUUUCCGGUGAAGAAAUAUGAUUAUUACGGAAAUUAUGGGAAUGACAAACACAGAAAUUAUGAGUACAAUGAAAAAUUAAAGGAAGACUAUUGCUUUGAUUUUCCUGGAGAAGUGCAUAGACAGAUCGCUCGUGAAUGUCUCACAUGUCGAACUUCCGGCGCCAUAUUCAACACUUCUUACAUGGGUAAAUUGUUUUUGUCUGGACCUGGAGCAAGUGAUGUAGCAAGGCAUUUAUUUAGUCGUGACGUCACAAAGAGAAUGAACAAGUGUACAUACACACUCAUGCUCAAUCGGAAGGGUGGAGUCGAAGCUGAUCUAGUGGUAGCGACAAUGAAAGAUGCCAAUGGAGAACCUGUAUACUAUAUGACUGUUGGAGGGGCCACUACUGAAUACUGCAAAGCACAUGUUAAUAAAGUAAUGCAAGAUUACAACGUCAGUUGCAAAAUAGAGGAUAAAACUGACGAAAUGGGAAUCAUAAGCGUUCAAGGACCAAACAGUCGAUUGCUGAUGAAGUCGAUUUUGGACAGCGAUCCAAAAGUUAUCGACAAAAUGAAAUUCAGCACCUGGAAAAACAUAACUAUUGCAGGAUGUCCUGUUACUUUGAUGAGAAUUUCUUUCGUUGGAGAACUUGGAUUCGAAUUACAUUGUUCCAACAAACAUCUUCUACAAGUAUAUAAACAUCUUCGAGAAAAUGCUGAUAGUUUUGGAUUUUGUGAUUCUGGAUACAGAGCAAUGGAAUCGAUGAGUUCUGAAAUAGGAUUCCAUCACUGGCCUCACACUAUUCGUUCCGAUGAUUCAGUAUUUGAAUCUGGACUUGACCAUCUUUGCGAUCUUGACGAUCAGGAUUCAAUAUUUGUUGGCAAAAAUAACUUGCUUGAAACUAGAGAAUCACUGCCGAAGAAGAAGCUUGCUGUAUUUACGUUGAAUGACCAGGUACAAUUAUCAGGACACGAAGCAAUCUGGAGAAACGGAAAACCUGUUGGUUACAUUAGAAGUGCAGUGUACGCAUUUGCCCUGGGUAAAAGUAUUGCUUAUGGAUACAUCGCUCGAGACGGCUCUGGCGUUAACAAUGAAUACAUCAGCAAUGCAGAAUACGCGAUCAAACGAAUGGGUGUGAUGCACACAGCUAAUGUUCACCUGGUCGGUCCGUUUGAUCCAAAAUUCAAACGAAUGAUGGGGAAAUAUGACGAGGCGAAACAAGAACAACUGCUAGAACUUUUGCGUUCGAAAUAUGAGAAUGGUAAACCAGUUGAAGUUCAAAAACAAGAACAUAGUUUUGCUCAAAAAACAUAAAUUUAAUUAAAAUUGGUGAAAAGUGCAAUCGCGUGAAAUGAUUAAUAAUACACGGACUGCUCAUCUAGUUAGACAGAAAUGGGUAAAUGUACCACAUGAGUGCUUUUCAAACGAUAGGUUUUCGGCAAUAGAUUUAAUCCUGCUAGAUCGAAAUUAAACAUUUUAAAAAUAUAUUUAGACUCACAAAAAUGCUACAAAAACGCUUACGCUUUAGUUCGACGUAGAAUAAAUUCAACUCCAUAAAUAUUUUUUCACUCCUGUUUGCAUCGCAAUAAAAAAUUUCUUUCUGAUUUACUUGGUUUGUAACCAACCAUUAUACGUGUACUGAACUGUUUCAAAAUGACACCGAUCUAUGUAAUUCCUCAACAAGUUUUUGUUAUCCGGUAUUGCUCUCCAUAGCUGUUGAAAUAUAAAGUCUAAUAUAAUAUCAUAUUUACUGAAGAAAGAAGAUGAAGAUAAAACCAAGCUGAUUUGUGCUUAGAAAUAUCAUAAAAUUUAAAUAUUGGUAUAUUCAUGAAAUACUAUUGUAAUUUCAAUUACUAGCUUAUUGAUUAAGCUUUGGGAGUUGCUUAGUUUUUUGUAAAAAAUUAUCCAAAUCGAGUUCUUUAUUAUUCCUCCCCAAACUUUUAUCUGCUGAUAAACGUAGAAAACCUAUAUAUAUAUAUAUUUUUUUUUUCAAAUAGUUUGACGUUUUUGUUGUUAAUACUUUUGGUGUUAAUACUUAUUUUUGCGGUAAUUUAGUCUCAAACUGCUAACUUUAAUUUCAUUGUUUUUUAUUAUCAUUACUGUAAUAUAAAUAAGUAUAAUGGAAAUUGUAAUUUUAGUAUCAAAAAUUUAAUGAUGUUUUACUAUAAAGUCUCCUUUUCGCUAUAUAUAUAUUUUUGUCAUCAUUUUUUUUAUUUAGCAUGGAAUGAAACUAUUCAAUCAUGCAUCAAUGAAAUGUUUUAGGUUAUUUUUAGAUUUUGCGCUUUGUCACUAGCAAACCUACAUCUAGACUUUUUGAUCAAUGAUUGUUACCUUUGCCGUGAACGAGUUUACAUAUAUGCAA